CCUUCCUCCCUCAGCCUUUCUGCACAAUCACGGUCUAUCCCUAUGACCUCAUCUCAUCAGGGCUAGUCGCAGCCCAUCCAAUCACAGCGUGCCCCAGCUGACUGACACCUCCCUCGGCCAAUAGCACGCCGCAAAGGGGCACGGUCUUUCUUCCGGCUGCACCAAUCGGCGUUCGAGGCAUUCCCAACUCUCCGGACUGUCUGGAUAACGGUUGUGCGUACAGACCCCUUUGCCAGCCGUCUCACUGAACGGAGCCUAACGGUCUGUCAGCAGCCAAUCAGCUUCUCGCAGGGGCGUGGCAUUGUGUAUAAAUUGCAGCGUUCGCCGCCGCCUGUGCCAGUAGUAAAUUGACGCCGUGUGUGGAUAUGACGACUACAUCAACGUUCAGCGGGUUGGACCCGGAGGGCCGCAGCAGUUCCAGGUACUGAGGGUGUAGGGGGUUGCUGGUACCGGGAGGGGGUGCCGUGCUGGUACCGGUGUGAGGGGGAGGGGGAGGGGGUUGCUGGUACCGGAUCACUUACCGCUGGGAUCAGAAACAAAGCAGGUUAACCCCUCCGUACCCAGAGCCGUCACCGGAGCGGGCAUUCAGGGCACUCGGUGUCGGUGAAUGGGCGGCCCGGGGUCGGUAGUUCCCGGUGAUGGCGAGCUGGAGGUACCACACCCACUGAACAAUGACAGCAUGCUGCAUGGCAACCAUCCCAUCCUGCGCAGGGAAACCUGGCACACCGGCCGCAUCGUGACAGCCUCCUCCCUGCCAGCAACGGGGGGGGUGUCGGGGUGCUAGGCUGGGGGGGUCAGUGUGCCAGGCUGGGUCAGCAGGCUGGGCCAGUGUGCCAGGCUGGGGGGUGGGGCCAGUGCCAGGCUGGGGCCGUGCCAGGCUGGGGGCAGUGUGCCAGGCUGGGGGCCAGUGUGCCAGGCUGGGGGUCAGUGUGCCAGGCUGGGGUCAGUGCCAGGCUGGGGCUCAGUGUGCCAGGCUGGGGGGCUGUGUGCCAGCGGGGGUGCCAGGCGGGUGCCAGGCGGGGUCCGCGUGCCAGGCCAGGCGGUGGCCAGUGUGCCAGGCGGGUGGGGGUUCAGUGUGGGGGGGGUUCAGUGUGCCCAGUGGGGGGGGUUCAGUGUGCCGGGGUGGGGGGUUCAGUGUGCCGGGGCUGUAAUUGUGUGUUUGUGGUAUGCUUUGUGUGUGUUGUAUGAUGAGGCUGUGAUUGUGUGUUUGUGGUAUGCUGAGGCAGUGAUUGUGUGUAUCAUGCCAAAAACAACUACGAACAUGGAAUAGAAAUGGGAAGUAUUUCCAAUGGACACCACCCCCCACUGCUGGACAAUAUAUAACAAAUCUUUAUCCUACUCCAGGAUUUAUCCAGGGCGGUGCACUCCCACGUUCACUGAUAUGUAAUAGGCGUGUAUCAUGCCAAUAAUACUAAUGUGGAAGAACAAUGUUACACGCCUUGUCUGUGUAGUAUGUGUAUUAUGUGGAGACUGACUGAGGUUGGGGGAUGUGAUGGACUUGUCCUGCUGGUACUUAAAUACAGGGAUGGCCAUUAAAGCAGACCCCUCCACUCCUCUCACUAGAACACCCUCAUGGGAGUUGUAGUACCUUGACAGCUGGAGGUUAUUGUUCUCUUCAAGCCAGAGUUUACAGCUCACUGUGACAGGCUUUCCCUUUUAUGUACAGGGCGGCUCCCUCCCUUUGUGUUUUUUGUUCCAGGUGAUGCAGGAUGCUUAUUUGCUGCCAUCGGGUGAUCUCCUGCUCUGGAUACUCCUUGGUGCUGUUGUCAAGGAGUCUCCUGUUCAGAGGAGGCUCCUGCUCUGGGCACAUCUGUCAAGAUGAGUGGUGGGCAUCUUAUUCUGUCCUCCUUGCACUCUUGCAAGCUGCCUUUAAGGGAGUGUUACUUUAACCCCUUAAGGACACAUGACAUGUGUGACAAGUCAUGAUUCCCUUUUAUUCCAGAAGUUUGGUCCUUAAGGGGUUAAAGGGGAGAGGCUCCCGAUCUGCCCUGUGGGUGCCAUCAUAAAGGGGCAAUGCUCUGCUCCAUGGCACUUGAUUAAUGUUGCAACUGCUUCAUGCCAACAUUAAGGGGAAGAGGAGAACCUGCUUUGGUCUACCAUUAAAGAGAGCCUCUUGCUUUGCUCUAAGAGCACUUCUAUUAAAGGAACACUCCAAGCACCAUCACUAUUACAGCACGCACUGGUUGUUAUAGUGCCAGCAGCGUGUUUGCAUCCACCCAAUGUAAGAAGUCAAACUGUUUAAGCACAGUUGGAGUUUGUGUAUUGCUCCCUGCCUUGCUCUUUACUGGUGCUCAAUGAGCUAGCCCUGCAUUGCAGGUCAAAGCUGAUGAAAGCUUCUGCUUAGGGGCUUACAGCUCUUCAUACAAAGUAGGGGAGGUAGAGCCUCUUGCUUUAGCCCUAGGCACUGGCUUUAAGGGGGAGAGCUGCCGUUGAGAGGGCCUCCUUAACCCACUGGAUGCCACCCUUAAGCGGGAGAGGGUCUCCUGCGCUUUGCCAUUAAGUGGCUAAUGCGCUGUUGCCAUUGAGAAUGGGGCUUCUGCUUUGACCCAUGGUGCUGCUACUGAGAAGUGCUCCUUUGCCCACUGUGCCACCCAAAAGGGCGAUGGGCUUCUUGCUUUCCUCUCUGGGUUUGACAAUUAAAGGGACACUGUAGGCACUAUAACAAAAGUGGAUAUAGUGUCUGGAAUCCCCCGGUGAUGUCCUUUUCAGCAUUAAACGUUUUUAUGCUAAAUGAGUCCCAAACAGCCCAUUGAUACUCUGAUGCUUGGCUAAUAUGGAAGCAUUAGCCUGAGUGUCUGCAGACAGCAUUCAGCCUAUCACAGUGCCCAUUGGUAGUAUUAAUUGGUAUGGCUAAAAGGAAGUGUGUAAUCUCUCAUUUAGUGUUAAACUGCUUGAAAAGGAUUUAAAACAAGGGACAAUGCCAGGAGACUCUGGGCACUAACCAAUUUAAUGAGAUGUAAUGAUAGUGCUUAGUGUCCCUUUAAGCCUGGAUGCUGUUGGGUGAGGUUAGUUACUGUCUCAGCAGUAUUUUAGAUGUGUGUUUAACAAAGGAAACUCUGCUCUCAUGUUAAUUGCAGAGCAGCCAGUGAUCAUUCUGCUCAAUCAGGCUCACGGUGUACGUAUUAGACAUAUUAACUAGAACUAUAAUGCAUUAGUUAUUGCUGGAUUUAACCUGUGCUUCACUUGCUGAUUCUGUAUUUGUUCAGGGUUUCUACGGUUUAAGUGCCUGGAAUUAACUUAAAGGGAUACUAUAGGUGACAGGAAUACAAAGCUGUAUUCCUGGCACUUUAGCUCACUGUGCCUCACCUCUCUCUGGCAUCCCAUCGCAGUAAAUAAAGGGUUAAAAACAUUUAUUUACUUGUCUUAUCCCAGCGCCGAUAUCCCUUGGCGCUGGGUUGUGUAUCCACCUCGUCAUCUGUCCAGUGACGAGCAUGCGCUAAUACGCAUGUGCGGCAAAUGCUGAGUGUGCAUUAGACCCACCCAUAGAAAAGCAUUGAAUCAGUGCUUCCCUAUAGGGGGAGGGGGAAUCUGACGCUGUAAAUCCUCAUGCAGAGUGUGAGGAUGUGCAGCGUAAGAUACCAGACCAAAGAUCCAUUUGGAUGCAGGAAGCUCCUCCAGUGGCUGAGUGACUAUACCUUUAAAGGAAAACUAUAUUGCUAGGAAUACAAAACUAUUCCCAACACUAUUACCUUCUGGUUUUUGAAUUAGCAGUUAUUUACUAAAUUGAGAAUUCAAAGCAUUUCAAAUGUAAGACAAGAGUAGCUAAAUGGAAAGCAUAACUUCCCCCAGAAUCUUGAAUUCUCAUUAUAGUGAAUUACCAUGUAGGGGUAUAAAAUUCACAAAUUGGCAGAAAUAUGAGAUGAAAUGGCCUCAUAUUAAAUAGCCCAGGUUCUUAUAUAGUUUGACCCUUUCCAGCUGUCUGGUCUACUCUGUUCAGAUAUCUCUAAAGUCCCUUCUUCCACAUUAGUGACAUCAGUUCAACAUGUCUGUGAAAACAAUUCAUUGGCUUUUCAGCUCUCAAUUUAAUUGCAUACAAAUACAGAAGAAAGCGGUCUAUAGGGGCCAAAUUGAUUUUUAGUUUAAUCUACAGAUGCUGGAUUGGAGACCCAGGAGAUGGCUUUCUAUGACUACAGGCUCCAGUCUUUAUUGCCAAUUGCCUUGAAAUGCAAUGCUGGCAAACUGCUCGCCUCUCAAGAAAAUCUGUUAUUUUACUUAAGCCAGAUUGCAUUUAAUAUGGCCUCUAUUUUAGUGAAUACAUGGGAGUCUAAAGAGUAUUUAUAAAUGCACUCUGCAAUAGUUCCAAACCUUCAAAUUGUGUUUAGUCUUACCAAAGAGGGCAAAAGAUGGCUACUCCCAAUUGGCAAAGAGCAAGCAAGGAUAUUCAUUGAAAAUAAUUGUUUAAUGUAUCUGACUUAUACUUGUUUGUUCCCGCAGGAUCCUUAGGCCUCCAGGCGGAGGGUCAAGCUUCACGUUUGGUGUUGGUGACCAGCCAUCUCAACCUACUAGACGACAUAAGAUGGCUUCCAACAUAUUUGGAAUAGCAGACUAUAACAGCCUGUCUGAACCUUGUGUCCAGGAAACCGGUAAGUGUCAAUGCAUUGUAUGGUAAUUGGGACCUAGUUGUUAAUGGAACAAACCUGUGCAGGUAAAACAGGUGAUACACUAUUGUCCUCCAUAGUGAAGGAAAACAUUUUCUAGGAGAGAGCUACAAUAUUAAUUUUCUUAAUGUAGGUCAUACAUGCAUCUGAAUUUUAUACAUCUUGUAUAUCUACCUGUGAACUCCAUACACUGAUCAGCCACAACAAUAAAACCACCUGCCUAAUACUGUGUAGAUCCCCCUUGUACUGCCAAAACUGCUGAUGCAUCGAGGCAUGGCCUCCACAAGACCUCUGAACUAGGGAUCGACCGAUAUUGAUUUUUUAGAGCCGAUACCGAUACCGAUAUUCUGUGAACUUUCAGGCCGAUAGCCGAUAUAAUUUGCCGAUAUUCUGUACAUUUACCAUUUUGGAAAAUAAAAACUAUUUCUAAAGGUAAAUGCACAAAAUAUACAUGCCACGUGUAGUGGAUGCAGUGUGACUUUGUGUAGUGUGUGUGUAGUGGAUGCAGUGUGUGUGUGUGUGUGUGUGUAGUGGAUGCAGUGUGUGUCUUUGUGUAGUGUGUGUGUAGUGGAUGCAGUGUGUGUUUGUGUAGUGUGUGGGUUGUGGAUGCAGUGUGUGUUUGUGUAGUGUGUGUGGAGGAUGCAAUGUGUGUUUGUGUAGUGGAUGCAUGUGUGUUUGUGUAGUGGAUGCAGUGUGUAUUUGUUUAGUGUGUGUAGUGGAUGCAGUGUGUAUUAAUGUAGUGUGUAUAUAAUGAAAGCAGAGUGUUUGUGUAGUGUGUGGGUAGUGUGCGUAAAGUGAAUGCUGUAUAUACUAAAUGCAAAGUGUGUGUGUAUAUAAUGAAUGCAGAGUGUGUGUGUAUUUGUGUAGUGUGUGUAUAGUGAAUGUAGUGUGUGUUUGUAUAGUGUGUGUAUAUAAUGCAGUGUGUUUGUGUAGUGUGCAUUAUAUAAACACACUACUGCACAAUACACUGCAUUAUAUACACACACUAUGCAAACACACUGCAUUAUAUACACACACUACACACACAAACACUGCAUUAUAUAAACACUUGCAUUAUAUAACACUACACAAACACACACACUGCAUUAUAUACACACACUGCACAAACACACACUGCACAAACACACACUGCACAAACACACACUGCACAAACACACACUGCACAAACACACACUGCACAAACACACACUGCACAAACACACACUGCACAAACACACACUGCACAAACACACACUGCACAAACACACCCUGCACAAACACACACUGCACAAACACACACUGCACAAACACACACUGCACAAACACACACUGCACAAACACACACUGAAUUAUAUAAACACACUACACAAAUACACUGCAUUAUAUACACACACUACACAAAUACACUGCAUUAUAUACACACACUACACAAAUACACUGCAUUAUAUACACACACUACACAAACACACUGCAUUAUAUACACAGUGUGUUUGUAUAGUGUGUGUAUAUAAUGCAGUUUGUGUGUGUUUGUAUAGUGUGUGUAUAUAAUGCAGUUUGUGUGUGUGUAUAUAAUGCAGUUUGUGUGUGUUUGUAUAGUGUGUGUAUAUAAUGCAGUUUGUGUGUGUUUGUAUAGUGUGUGUAUAUAAUGCAGUUUGUGUGUGUUUGUAUAGUGUGUGUAUAUAAUGCAGUGUAUUUGUGUGCAUUGUAUACAAACACACACUAUACAAACACACACUGCAUUAUAUACACAGUGUGUUUGUGUAGUGUCUGUGUAUAUAAUGGAGUGUGUGAGGGGGAAUUUUUUAUUAAAUUAUUUUUUUAUAUAUAUAUUUAAUUAUUAUUUUUUGUCCCCCCUCCCUGCUUGUUACCUGGCCAGGGAGGGGGGAUAUGACAGUCCCUGGUGGUCCAGUGGUAUUGGCUGAGCUUUGGGGGGGCGGAGAGCAAGCGCUUACUCACCUCCCAGCAGCUCCUCCAGCUCCCCAGUGCAACUCUCGCGGCCAGCGUGUCGCGCGGAGCGUUGCCAUGGUGAUCCAUGGCAGCGCUCUGACGGCCGCGGGUCUCGCGAGAGUUGCACUGGGGAGCUGGAGGAGCUGCUGGGAGGUGAGUAAGCGCUUGCUCUCCGCCCCCCCAGGACCGCCGGGCUUGUAAUGAGCCUGGCGGUCCUAGGAGGUAUUAUCGGCAAUAUCGGUAUCUGAAUUGGCCGAUACCGAUAUUGCCGAAAAUACCGAAUAUCGGCCGAUUAUAUCGGUAAAACCGAUAAUCGGUCGAUCCCUACUCUGAACAUGUCCUGUGGAAUAUGGCACCAGGACAUAAGCAGCUGAUUCUGCAUAUUGUAGGGUGGGGCAUCCGUGGAUCGGAUUUGUUCCCGCACAUCCCACAGAUGCUCAGUCAGAUUGAGAUCUGGGGAAUUUAAAGGCCAAGGAAAUACAAUGAACUCUUUGUGUAUGUGGUGUGCAACAUUCUCUUGUUAAGUGGUACUUUUCAAAGGGAACAUCCACAUGAAUGCCAGGACCUAUGGUUUCCCAGCAUCACAUUGCGCAGAGCAUAACACUGCCAGCCUGUCUUCUUCCCACAGUGCAUUCUGCUGCCAUCUCUUCCCAAAGUAAACUAUGCACAAACAUGCAGCCAUCCACCUGAUCUAAAGGAAAACGUUAUUCAUCAGACCAGGCAACCUUCCUUUGCUCCAUAAUCCAGUUCUGAUGUUCAAGGCCCCACUGAAGCUACUUUUGGUAGUGGACAGUGGUUAUCAUGGGCACUCUGACCAAUCAAAAUUUUCAGCAAUUUGAGCUACUGUAGCUAAUCGGUGUGAUUUGGAAAAGACUGGCUAGCCUUCACUCCUCGCAUGCAUCAAUGAGCCUUGGGUACCCAUGAUCCUGAUGCUGGUCUAUCAGUUGUCCUUUCUUGCAGCACUUUUUGUAGGCACUAACCACUGCAUAACCACUCCUACAAGACCUGCCAUUUUGGAGAUGCUGUGAUCCACUUGUCUAGCAAUCACUAUUUGUCCCUUGUCAAAGUCACUCAGAUCUUUUUGCUUGCCCAUUUUUUUCUCCUUUCAUAUUCCAGCCCUUGACAGGUGCCAUUGUAAUCAUUUAAUCAAUGUUGUUCACUUCACCUGUCGCUGGUUUUAAUAUUGACUGAUCGGUGUAUUUGUAGUCUUUACCUAUGUCAAGGAUGUAGAAUCAAAGGCGGAAAAUUAUGUUAAUAGUGGUUUAGGGGACAAUAGUUUCUCUAGCAAUUUAACGGUAGUCCUUAAAGUGGCUUAGACUUUUAUCCAGCUUUCCUGUGCCCCUUCUGUAUUAAUGACCACCCCACUUGCUAUUUGGUUUUAUAUUUAUCUCUGCUUUCUUUUGCUGGAUCUCAUUAAACUGCCAGUGCCCCACUCUGUAUUAAACCGCAUUGCUUCUUAUAGGAAAGCAUUGGGAGGCGAAUGCGCAGCAAAACGCCACACUUCUCCGAUCAGAAUCUGCUCAUAGAGAUGCAGUGAAUCAUUGCAACUCUAUGGGGGAAUGUUCAGCACCUCCAUACAGAGCACGCAGUUGCUGAACGUUAGUGCUGCUGCCCGAGGAAGCACCUCUAGUGGCUGCCACUGGAGGUGUCACGAAGCAGCAAUGUAAACGUCUUUUCUCUGGAAAGGCGGUGUUUAUAUGAAAAUGCCUGCAGGGACAUGCUAUAAACAGCAGAACUACAUUUAAGCUAUAGUUCUGGUAAUUAUAGUGUCCCUUUAAGCAUAUGGUGCAACAUUAACCUGUUCUAAAAGCUGUCUAAUGUACCCAAAUAUUAGCCACUAUUACAAAUAUGCUGCUACUUUCAGACUGGUGGUUCAUUUAUCAAAGCUUAAAGGGACACGGUAGGCACUCAGACCACUUCAGCUCAUUGAAGUGGUCUGGGUGCAAUGUCCCAUGUCCCUUCAGUGGUAAUUAUUAAUUUCUGAGAAACUGAGAUUACCUUGCAGAGUAAUCUCCUCCUCUAGUGGCUGUCUAUCAGACAGCUACUAGAGGGAUGUCCGGGUGCUUAGAUGACUUUUGGUCAUCUAAAUGUCCUUGCACUCUGCAUGAGGACAUCCAGCAUCACCGGAAACCCCAUAGGAAAGCAUUGAUACUUUCCUGUGAGGAGAUCCUAAUGUGAGAGCAGCCAUUGCUGCGCAUGCACAUUAAAUCUUGCCGGCUGGCGGUGGAGGAACUAGCCUUCACUUCUCACAUGCAUCAAUGAGCCUUGGGCACCCAUGGUCCUGAUGCAGGUCCCUCGGUGCCGAGGGACAUUGCCACAAGAGGAGGGCAAUGUAGUUUUCUAUAUUCUCUUUAAUAUAUAUUCUCUUUAAUACUCCAUCUCCAAUGGAAAUUGGGUAAAUAUGAAGCCCAGAAAACUCUAAAGCAGGGUUCAAAAUAUAUAAACUAAGAUUAUGCUGAAACCUGACUUUUUUUUUUUCUUCAUGAGAGCUUGGAAAUUGGGUACAUGUUUCAUAAACACUGUCACAAGUAUUAACACCACUAGUCUGCCGCUAAAAUUUCUAACAGACACAAAUAUUCCUAGUGGCUCAAAAGAUCUAAUUCUAACCCUAGGUGCACCUGCUAUUGCAGCAGCGCAAGGGGACUCUGAAGACACGAAUACAGAGUGGACGUGCCCUUCUGUGGAGUGCGACAGCGCUGAUGUGGUUUGUAUUAUUUUUCCAUCAAAUAUAGCUAUUUAUAGACUUGUUACCUUCCUGGCCACAAAUGUCUCUUAAUGGGAAUAAACUGACACCAUUUUUUUUUUUUUUAGGAUAAGUAGAUUUAAACCCAGACAGCAGUUCCACACAUUUUGGAUGAGUGGAACAUUUAACACCUGCUGGCAGUUUACAUAUAGCACAGCUACUGUUUAUUGAAAUGGACUAUAUGCAGCUAUUUGCAUAGAUGCAAUCUGUGACUCGCCUCUCUUCUGGCAGUCAGGUCAAGUUGUGCUUAUAGUGGAAAAGUUGGUAUAGUGAGCCUGGGCCUUGUUGCUUUAAGCUAGGUGGUAACCAAAGGUUAGGGCUACAACAAAGCAAACAUUGACUGGUAUUUCUAGCACAGAAUAGGUCCUUGCACCAUAACCACCUGUAAACUUGUAGUGCUUAAAGGACCACUAUAGUGCCAGGAAAACAUACUAAUUUUCCUGGCACUAUAGUGCCCUGAGGGUGCCCCCACCCUCAGGGACCCCCUCCCGCCCAGCUCUGGAAGGGGGAAAGGGGUAAAAACUUACCUUUUUCCAGCGCUGGGCGGAGAGCUCUCUGCCUCCGUUACGCCCCGCCGGCUGAAUGCGCACGCGCGGCAAGAGCUGCGCGCGCAUUCAGCCGGUCUCAUAGGAAAGCAUUUACAAUGCUUUCCUAUGGACGCUGGCGUGCUCUCACUGUAAUUUUCACAGUGAGAAGCACGCAAGCGCCUCUAGUGGCUGUCAAUGAGACAGCCACUAGAGGAUUAGGGGGAAGGCUUAACCCAUUCAUAAUUAUAGCAGUUUCUCUGAAACUGCUAUAAUUAUGAAAAAAUGGGUUAACCCUAGAAGGACCUGGCACCCAGACCACUUCAUUAAGCUGAAGUGGUCUGGGUGCCUAGAGUGGUCCUUUAAAACAAACAAAAAAGUAAUUAGACAACUGGGCAAUAAAGGAAGUUUAAAUAUUAGAUCUCUUUACAGGAAAUGCUUACGUCAUGUGUAAGUCACAUGCAGGCAGGUGUGGCUGGGGCUGCAUAGAAAAGUUUUAUUUUAAUUUCUAAAUGAGAGAAUUGACUAAUGAAAGCCAGUAUCUCUCUUCAUUCUACAGACUGGCAGUGGCCUGUGAGCCUGCUGGCGCACAUAUUGUGCUAUUAACUGUUGAAAUAUAUUGCAAUAUGUACACACUGUAUUGGCUGUACACCCCAAUGGUGGCCCCAGAUCUAAUCUGAAUGUUAGCCAGCUCAUUGUCUGCCUUGGGCACCAUUUGGUGUAGGUUUGAUCCUGAAUAAGUGUGAAUUGAGUAUUGAGUUCCACAAGUUGGGGACCACAUUUAUCUGGAAUAGUGAUUUUUUUUUUUUUAUGGGUAAAAAGGAAACUUGGCAGUCAGUGGACCAGGAGAAUGGAUAUUGGAUAAUUAGUAAUGAUUCUAGGUACAGGUGUUAAAGUCUGUAUCACCCUAUCUUCACAAUCUUUGUAAUGUGAGGUGUAGCUUUAAAAAAACCAUAAAACAGUAGUGCUUGUUGUUGUGCAUAAUUAAUUGCAUGUCCAAUACAGGAUUUAAUGAAUGUCUUCUUCUCCAUACAGGUUGAACAGGAAGCACCUGGUGAGUACUUACAUUGUUGUAUAAAACUUUGCAAAUACAGAAUAAAUUGUUAGAUGGCACCAAACUAACGCUAUCUCUUCUUUAACAGAAAUCAUUGAUGGAAAUGAGGAACCCAAGUCCAGUGGAGUAUCUGCAGAGUCUGCAGCUUCUGUAACCAUUCCAAGCAGAAGAAAUCCCCCUGGUGGAAAGUCCAGCCUGAUUCUUGGAUAAACAAUCAAUUUUGGACUUUAAUCUUUUUUUCCCCACUUUCAUCUGUUUAUGUAUUUUCUUAUUUGAAGCACUUUGUCUUGCCAUUUUUAAAUACUCGUGUCCCCUGACUCUACUGGAAGGCGCAUGGAAUGAAUUUUCGGAUAGUGUUUUUUUUUUGUUUUUUUAUCAAUGCUCACACAUAAUAAAGAAUGUUUCAAUGUAUGCUGGGUCUGAUCUAUAUGUCCAACUAAUGCUCUGUAAAACAACUAAGGAAUAUUUCCAAACUGACACUGUCUGAGCCUCUAAAGCUGAAAUCUG